GUCAGUCACAGUCCAGUCCAUCCUUCCUUCCAUCCUUCAGUGUCCCCUUGUUUCCACUUCCAGCCCGGUUUAGCCCCAACAGGUGUCACCUCUUCGUCCCCGAUUCCUCUGCCCUCGAGGUCCAAAACCCACAAACCAACCACGGGCUGCCACCGCCAACAGCAAAAAUAGAAGAAGAAAGGAAGACGAGAAAAAAUACCCCCCCCGGUCGUCAUUCGCCGUUUGAUCGUGUUGGUCACUGCUGUUGCUCCAUCCUCCUAGCGCCCUUUGCUUACUUACUCGCCUUCUGUUCAGACAUCCUCUUGCUGUUACGACACCACACGCAUGAAUAGACAACGACGGACUGAGAAGACGACGGAGCAAAAGACAUAUAGAUGGAAAGAGAGACAGACAGACAGAGAGACAGUGCCGCCGCGAAGACUUGCAUCACCGCAUAACCGCCGCAUCGCAUCGCGUCGCAUAGCAUCGCAUCUUUUUUACUGCAACCGCAACCCACGCCCCUUUCAAUCCAUCACACACGAAGCCGCCCAACAACCCGUGCUGGGCCUCGCGACGCGAACCAACCGUCUCUCAACUUCUCGUCCCGUCCUCUCUCUCUCCCUGACCUCAUUUUCCUCCUCGUCACUGGAACUUCAGACCAAGAAUCACCCGUCACUAGAAUACAUUUCUUGCCCACCGUUCGCCUCCCCCCACGUCCGUCCGACGAUCCUUCUCUUUCUCUCUCUCUCCCGCCCGACCGACAAUAAACAGUGUCUCUCCCUGACGUCUUUGUUUCUUCUGCUUCCGCCUUCUCGCCUCGCUUCGCCUCGUCCUUCCCUCAACUUGGCACGCCGUUCGUCGCACAAAACCCUCCCGCACCCUGCCCUGCACCACCAAAGCCACUGCACGGGUACCUAGACGCAAACUUCAGUCAGUCAGUAGCUACCUACCUACACCUACCUCUUCUACCAACCACCUGCCCAGUGUCAGCAUCUGCACCGCUACCAGCACCAACACCGCCGUCUUCCUUGUUCCUGUUCCUCCACUGCCGGAGCCUCUCCAUUUCCAUACUUUGUGGGUCAGCCGUCACUGUCACACUAUUCAGCGUCGUGGCACUGGUUCUUUCGCCUUUUCACAACCCUCCGAUCUGGUGACAAAUCCCC